AAGUGAAAAUGUUCUUUAAGACCCUGACCAUCUUCCUGGCCAUCGGCGCCGCCUGUGGAUCCGCAGUGCCCGCCGCCUUCGAGAUCACCGAGGAGACUACGCUGACCGACUUCCUGCUCAACUCGCCUGCCCUGCGCUCCGGGGAGACCUUCAACGCGGCCUGCUUCGACUACUACCUGCCGGUGCUCAAGGGCCACGCCGACCAGAUGGACACGGACUUCGGGGUCUGCGAUGACAACUACUCUAACGCCUUUGUCCUGAUUGACGGCAGCUACACCUACGCCCGCGACGAGCUGAAGGAAUCCGUCCGCAGCUCCUGCGGAUCCCUGGUGCUCUGUGACGCCGAGAAAACCAACUUGGAUGCCUUCGGGUGCCUGGCCAACAGCGGUCCCUCGAGUUCCAAGGAUCUGACUGGUGUCUCCGACCAGGCCGCCGACCGCCGAACCAGCCUGCUGGCUGAGGUGGACGGCAUCGCAAAGACGCUGUCCGAGUGCCAGCUGGGGGCCCAGAGGAAGUACAGGGCCAACCACGCCCAGUCCCUGGAGGAAAUGAACGGAUGCCUGGCCGAUCCUGAAUGGGACUAUCCCACCACCGUCAGCGUGUUGUGAAAUAUUCAAGUCGAGAUCGCUGCUUACUCGCUCUUUUAUCAAAGUAAAUAAAUAUUAAAACGAUUAUCAACA